CUUGGUAACAACAUUACGUCCAAUAUUUACCAUCCGCGUCAACGACUCAUUGAAACGACAUGGACAUCCAGGAACGAAAUGUUCGGAGCUGUGGAGAGAACAUUGUAGAAAUGGUUGAUAUGGACGAAGAAAACUUUGCUAUUUCCAGUUCUUCUGCUGCUGAUGCCGCUUUUGAUGCUGUUAUUGGCUGCAUAGAGGACAUCAUCAUGGAGGAAGAGUUUCAGCAUCUUCAGCAGAGCUUCAUGGAGAAACACUACCUUGAGUUUGAUGACUCUGAUGAGAACAAACUCAGCUACACACCCAUCUUCAAUGAAUACGUUGACCUGCUGGAGAAACACCUGGAGCAGCAGCUGAUGGAGAGGAUCCCCGGCUUUAACAUGAACACUUUCACAGAGCUGCUCAUGCAGCACAAAGAGGAGGUCCCAGGUGACAUCUUUGACAUGCUGCUGACGUUCACUGACUUCAUGGCCUUCAAGGAGAUGUUUCUGGAAUACAAAGCUGAGAAGGAGGGCCGAGGUCUGGACCUGAGUCAGGGACUGGUGGUUACAUCUCUGAUUCCUGCUGCCUCCAAACACACCAGCUCCACUGAAUCACAGUGACACUCAAAAAGUCAAACACUUGAAUUGCCUCUUCCUUCAUGUGUUCAUGUAAAGUUUUAUCCAUGGGCCUUCAGAAAGUUGUCAGCUUGUGGUCAGUGGUGUUUGUGACUUUUUUACCCUGAUGGCGAGAUUCAGGAUGCACUCUUCGUCUAAAUAUAAAUCUACAGCCUGUGCACAAAUAGCCCCUAAUGGCAAAUUCAUAUAUGCAUUCCUGUGUUUUAUGUGGUGGGCGGGAUGGUAUUUGCAUUCAGGAGCCUCUCUGUAGUCAAAGAGUAAAGAUGGAAGGUUUUGACUUCUUUCUACUCCCCAACAAUUGCAUUGGACAUAUGACUACUUGAAAUAUUCACAUCUCUUGAACUGGGAUUUGAAAGUUCAAUUCGAUUUGAAUUGACUGAGGCCUAAUCCUAAUUUUACAACCAUCCUCUUAUUUACAUGCAAUCUUAUUAAGAUUAAGCAUUUAUGAGUUCUGCUUGGUUGAGGAGAAGGAUUCCAAUAUUCUGGUGCUUGUACAAGGCCAAUAUUUGUGAUUUCCUUCAUGAAAAGCAUCAACAGAUCCCUCAGUAAGUAGGGAAAGCAUUUGGUAUGAUUGAAUGUUUGACUCUGCUCUCUUUGCAUGGUAUGUUUUUUUCAGAAGGAAAGAAUGUAGCAGAACUAAUAUGUUUUUUGAAGUUUCAAAUUAAUUUGUUAGUUUGAAAACUAAUUGGAUUGAGUUUUGUGCCUGUGAAAGUGAUUUUUAAUGUAUAUAGUGAUUGUGUGUGCGUGUGCUUGUGUUCUGCGAUCAGAAAUAAGAUCUACAGUAUAGUUUUCAGUACAAUGUCAAAGUGUUUUCUACUUGUCUUGAUAUGGCAGUUUUAACUGUAAGAGUAUAUUUAUGUCACUGCUGAAGUACUGUUGAUGUCAAAUUUGUUUAGUAAAAAGAUAUUUUCAAAUAAACAGGUAAAAGCCUCA